GUGAUGAAAAGUGAUGAUCGGAGUCAUAAUGGGCGGAGCUGUAAUAAAAUAUAAUGACCGGAGUCAUAAGGGCCGGAGCCGAAGUAGAGUAUGUGACAUGUGGUCGCAGUAACCAGGACCGAAGUAGAACAUGUCUCUGUGGUCGGAGCCGAAGUAAAACACUUUGCCCAUCAAAAAGUGUAAUUGUAAAAGUAAGCAGGAGUGCUGAGCUGGGCUUAAAAUAUGAUGACCGGAGUCAUAAUGGCUGGAGCAUUAUUGUGGCCGGAGCUGAAGUGAAACACUUGACAAAAUUGAGAAAAGUAAAGAAAGGUGUUGAAAUGGUCACGGUCGAAGGGGUGAGAGGAGAUGAGGUGGUGGAGGUUGAGGGGGAUGAGGUGGUAGAGGUUAGGGAAAAUAAGGUGGUAGAGGUUAGGGAAAAUAAGGUGGUAGAGGUUAGGGAAAAUAAGGUGGUGGGGGUUGGGGGAGAUAACAUACCCAUUACCGUAGUAGAAAUAGAUGGUAGAGGAGGGGGAGAGUAUGAUGUGAAUGCGGAGAUAGUGGAGGAGGUGAAGCAGUACAGGUCUGAGCUAAGGACCAGGGAUAGCCUGGGUCACUUGGUAGAGAAUUACGAGAUCUCUUCGCGAGUGUUAGUUAGGCCAGUUGGGGAAGGGGAGAGGGCGUGCUUUGCUCCUCUGGAUCAUUGGAUGCCCUUAUACUCCCAUUAUUUGUAUGCUGGGCUUAAGUUUCCAAUUCCGGAGUUGCUUGUGGGUUUACUAUUAGAUUACAACAUAGGGUUGACACAGUUGGUCCCCAACGCAAUGAGGGGAGGAAGUAGGAGGGAUAAGGGAUGGUAUUAUUUCACCCCUAGGGUAGCUAAGAAGGAGAGUAGGAUUUUAUUCACUGCGGGUCCUUCAUCCAUUAAGGGAUGGAAGGAAAAAUUCUUUUUUGUGGAUGACACGGAGUGGGGGAAAGGGGAUGCCGAGGUGAGGGCGUUAGCCUCCUCGAAGGCCAAAAGGGCCAACCAGAAUAGGUUUAGUUUAAAUGAGGAUGAGGAGGAAGAAGUGGGGAAGUUGGUGAGGAAGGGGGGAGAUGUGUUGAGCAUCAUGGACCUCACCAGCGCGGCAUGCAUAGAGGUUGUUGAGCUCUAUAGGCCAAGCGCUCUGAGUGAAGCUGAAAUGGACCAGUUUUUGAAUACUGCUGGAGGAGCGCCCAUCCCCAAGAAGCCAAGGAAGAAGUCAAAGACUUCAACCAAGAAAGUGGAUGAGGAGAGGACCGGGAAGGAGGUAGUGCCCUUGGCUUCAGCGGAGAUGGAGGAGGAGGUGCUAGCGCUGAAGAGGAAGGGUUGGGAGGAGAGGAGGGCACUGCAGAAGAAGCAGAAAGUGGUGGAGGAGGAAGAGGGGAAUGGGGUUCCUGAGUUCGUACCGCAGCCUCCUCCUAGCAGCCUGUUCGAGGGAAAUAACAUAAUGGGGGCUAGGUGGUUCAUCAACAGCACCUUCCCCGAAGUGGACAAGUGCAACGCGUGGGAGGAAGCUCUGAGGUACGGGGGAGCAUCUGUUGUGAAGCAUGUUCUUGAGAGCGCGAGCUGGGUGAAUGGUCUAGCCCAGGAGUUCAGGGAGAGUAUAAAGGAACGCGCACUCUUGCAGAGGCAGUCAGUUGGAACAGGAGAGGCGCAAGAACUGAAGCUGACGAAGGAGGCUUUCUUGGAGCUGAAGGGGAACGUGCAGACCUUGGUGCACAAUGGGAUGAAGGAGCACAUUAGCAACUUCAUCAGCUCCAGCUCGUUUGACAACAUUGUCAACCUAUAUCGGCUGCCUACUGCCAUCAUCGUGUUCACGGACUGCAGGAAUAAGGUGAAGGCAGAAUAUCCCGAAGUGGAUAUUACGAAGAUCACCUUCGGAGAGCAAGAAGGAGGAGUGGAGGAAGAUGGAGAGAGCAUGUCAGUAGACUUCCGUCCUCAGAUCAAACUGAGGUGGGAGGAUGAUGCAAACGGACGUGCUGUUUUCCCUCCACAGUUCGACUUCGAGUUCGUGGCAGUGGAGGAAGAAGAGGCAGAGGUAGAGGAAGACGAGGUGGAGGCAAGAGUGGAGGGAGCUGAAGUGGAUGAGAGCCAACCAGUUCCAGAAGUGGAGAUUCAUCCAGUUCCCUCCGACAAUGAGCAGCCUCCUCUGCCGGACGAGCAGCAGCCAAGACAGCCACCUCUUCCAGCUGAACAGGAGCCAAUGGAGCCACCUCCUCCAGCAGAAAACUAAUUUUGUUUGUGUUUUUUAUUUUUUGUAAAGACAUUUAAACAGCUUGUAAUAUUUAUUUUAGUUGAAAUGAAAAUUUAUUUAUGAAAUCAUCUGUUUGUUUUGUAUUUGCUUUACAAAGGCAACCAUUUCAGAAAUGAACUAAGGGGAAGUAA